CUUUGUUAUCUUCCUGGGCAGCCAUUGGGGCACAGAGCCCCUGUCUAUCCCUGUGAUUGAAGUCUUGUGUCCCUUCUGCAAUGUUCGCUGCAGCUUGGAAGCUAUGGUCUAGAUGUCCCAUGUAUGGCUGGGGAUCCCAACCUCAGGAACUCUCAUCUCUUUGAUCAGCUGUGUGGAGAACAAUUUUUCCUCAAGUUCAAAGCAUCUCAAAGAAGAUAUGGAUAGACUAUUUGACGAGAUCGUGCUGCAGGUGUAUCCCAGCAAUCUAGAUGACGCACAAACAGCUGGCAGACUGAUCACGGGGAGAGACGUGAAUGAAACCUAUCUCCACCAUAAUGGCAUCAGCGAUUCUGAGUUUGAAUCAAGUUCACAUAAGCAAGAUGAAUACUUGACUAAGAUAUUUGAUGAGAUUCUGUGGCAGGUGCUUUCUAAAGAUUCAAAAUAUUCAUCAAAAGAAGAUGCAAGAACAACUGCUGAGCCGCUCACGUGGGAAGACGCGAAUGAAACUCAUAGUGCUGAGAAUAAAGAGCCAUCUCUAUUCAACAGGGACGUGAGCCCUCAAUUGACCGCUGAAGACAACGAAACGCUCCAAAAAAGCACCCGAGGUGCCUCCAGGGAGAGUCUGCCGUGCGGACAGCUGCUGAGCUUCCUGCAGAAGAAUAUCAUCUCUGCUACCGUUGCCAUGGCAGCAGUCCUCCUGGUGACGGUGCUGGUGGUGUUCACACUGGUCACAUAUAAAAGGCGGAGACAGACAAAUUUUAGGAGAAUCCAGUGCCCUCUUCUGGCCUCCCAGGGCACUGCAUGCAUUCGGUACAUGCUGGCGAAACACCCAUACAUGCAAGUUAAUGUAUCCUCCAGCGAACAUGACAUACAAUAUUUUUAUAAUGAAUGGGAAGUCUUUGUGGCAAAAUUCCCAAGAUAAGGACCUCAAAAAAUUCAUGGGAAAGCCGAAGCACCUGAAGUACAAUUCCUUCGUCUGAGCCGGUGGAGGGGCCAGCAAACGGCCACCCAGCCACUGCCAGAGAGUUCUUUUGCGCUACCCGGAUAGAAGUCCAAGGAUUUGAAGUGAACUCCCGACCUUGAAGCCCAGGAAGAAAAUGCGGCCGAGGGAGGAGCCAGCAGGUGGUAGGCAACAACCCUGGGACUGUGGUUUGAGCCCAGAGCUGGUAUCCUGAAGCCCAUUUCUGGAAUCUUCAUCCCCUCAUACAACAAUUUCCAAACACUGUU